CAACGGGCGCGUCCAUUGAUUGUAUAGCGAGACUCGUUUUUAAUUUUAUUGUUAGAUGACUUCUAAUUCUAAUAAUAUAAAAUUUCUUCUUAAAAAGAAAAGAAUUAACUGUGAAAAAACUAUUGAAAAAGUUGACUAUAAGCUAGCAAAAAUUAGACGUAACUUGUUUUCAAAGCUCCAAAAUUCCGGUAAAACUGUUAAACUUGGGAAUAUUAUCACUCAGUCACUUUUAGAAGACUCGUUUAAAUAUGUUGAAGACGUCCAGUUCAAGCUUUUCUUAGCUCAGCAAGCAGUUGUUGAUAAAAAAGUUGCUAUUGAAAAGCUUAAGGAUAUUCGAUGGCAACAGUAUAUAGAAAAUGAACAAGAAAAUAGAGAUUACAAACUAUUGUUGUUGGAAGCGGAGGAAGAACUUCUGAUUUUAAAAGAAAAGCGCGACUUGUUAUGGAAUAAACUGCACACCAUUAUUGCUUCUAACGCCUCUUUAAAAGUUCUUUUAGAAGGAAGUUGCGAAAAUACUUAUGCGGAAAACACUCAGGAACUUAAAAGGCUCAUCAGGAAAUAUUUGUCGCUCCACUGCUAUAGAAAUGCUGUGAUGCACCAUAUUGCCAUACUGGAGGCUCGCCAGCGUUAUUUUUAUGUGGAUUUGAAUUUUCUUAAUAAAUUCCGCUUUAAAAAUGAGAAUAGUGUCGCUACUGAAAUCCGUUUAAAACAACUUAAAGCCCUUCCCUCGAGUUUCACAGACAGCGAACUAUAUGAUUUAACUCAGCUUCUCGGCAUCUAUAAUGCUGUUAUCAAAGAAACUAUCUUGCGUCGACGCACCGUCAUCGUUGUAUAUCAUUUAGCUCAAAAACUCACGCGGACAGCUCUUCUGAAGCGGUGUGUUCCACGUUAUUGAGUUUACUAUGCACUGCUUGUAUUCUUUUUACAGCGGCGUGGCUGUUGUACAACUAUUACACGCUUAACUAUAUAGUUGUUUGCAAUUGCUAUAAGAUCAUCGCCUUUCUAACAAAAUUUAUCUUAAGAUAAGUGAAGAUGAGACGCUGAAUGUUAACGAAAGUUUGCUUGCUGCAGAGGUCACUAUACGGGCCAGUGAAUAUGCAUCUGUCAACCUUGAGGAAUGUUGAAAUUAUUGUAUUUGUUUUGUUUAAUUAUCAUCUCUGACGCUUUAGUGGAACAAAAGACUCAUUCAUAUGAGGGAAUUGCACGAGCACCAUUUAAAGAUGCAAAUAUUGGAACUUCCGUAUAUUAUGAAAGAACUAUUCUCCCGUCAGUACCUUAAUCUUAAAUCUAAGAAUUUAUAAAAAAGACCAACUUCUUACUGGGGAAUUCUUUUAAUGAUUCAUAAAAUAUUUA